UCCCACAGCUCUGAACAUCCCCUUUGUUCUUAAAAAUGGGAACUAGAACACUUUUCCUCCAACAUUAAAAAAAAAAAAAAAAAAUGUAUAAUGUUAGCAAUAAGGUGCAUUGAGGACCUUCUAUACACUUUAACUUUUUAAAGGUGGACUAACAGGUCUUUGAGGGCCAGAAUUGUUGCUAAUUGGCGGGGGCUCAAAUACUUAUUUGCAGCAGUAACAUACACAAAAAUAACUUUCAAAAAUCAUAUAUUGUGAUUUCCGGAUUUUUAUUUUUGAUUAUAUGUCUCACAGUGGACAUUCACCUAAGAUGAAUAUUUCAGACCUCUCCAUGAUGUCAAAGUGCUGUCGAUAUGAAUGUGAGCAGUAAAAAUAGUCAGCGGCGUUGUACGGCAAGCGGUAAAGCUACACUCUACAUACUGUAUAGUGUGCGUGUAGUACACAGCCAAUCAAUUUGUGUGUGUACAGUUUUUGUGUGACCUUCCUGCUUAUUGCGUCAGAUCGUCUCACUUCCCUCCAUCGAUUGUUUCUCUUCAAGUGCCGUGGGGGGAGCAGGAAUGGCUUGGCUGUGCGUACUCGCUGUACUGCUCCAAGCAGCGGUCGCACGCGGCCAUCAGGGGCCGCCAGACACCCACCACGCCAGUCCGGGCCACCUCCUGCUGCUCAAGUGCCCCAUCAGCGGGGUACACAGCAACGUCACGUGGACCCGGGAGGCGGCGUCGGCGGGGGCCAAGGUUUCUCUUCCUCCUGGUGUGGAAGUCAGAGAUGGGUUUCUGUGGUUCCUGCCCAUGCAGACAACCCACAAUGGCACCUACAGCUGCCAGAGUGCCGAGGUGCAAAGCCGAACUGUCAAGAUCGACUUUAGAGUGUUGGUGUCCACUGGACUUUGUCCCCCCGCGGCUGAAGUGAGGAGCAUCUCCCUGGGGGCCACCCAGAGCCUCCCCUGCAAGCUGGACCACGUCUUACGGCUCAACAACAUGAGUAACGUACGGUGGCUCAAGGACUGCCACCCAGUGGAGCGCGAAGGCGCCCCCGUCAGCGUGCACGACGGCGGCUUCAUCAGGCUGCACAAGGCCACGCGGGAGGACGCCGGCACGUACACCUGCCUGGUCAAUGUCAGCCUUGGAGGCAGAAUGUACACUUCAGCGCGUAGCAUCCAGCUGCGCAUCAACGACAUGUUGACGCAGACAGUUCUUAUCAAGCCUGAGGUGAUCCAGCAUCAACAACAACAGACGGUCACCGUGGAUAUUGGUGCGCGGGUGGAGCUGAAGUGUUUGGCCUUCGUGGGCUUCAGCCAGGAUCAGGAGACAUUCAUGUUCUGGGUUGUAAACGGCAGCUUCGUCGACGAUGACCCGGAGCUGCAGGAGUCCUUCCGAAUCACUCCAGACCAAGGCCGUGUGUUCGGUGAGUCUACGCUGACUAUCUCUAGAGUCCUACCUCGCUUCCUCAACGUGUCCAUUCGUUGUCGGGUCCAGAGCCCUCGAGACGUGAAGGACUGCCUGGUGCACCUCAGAGAAGCCAAUCACAGCUGGUUCCACGCUGGCGUAGCUGUGGGUUCGGCUUCAUUGCUUCUUCUGCUUCUGGCGCUACUGUUGGCCUUCUUCAAGGUGGAUGUCGCGUUGGCGUCCAGGAAGCUGCGUGGCUAUUUUGUGACGCCACAAGAUGCGGACUGGGUCCCGUACGACGCCUUGGUGAGCGUGGUCCACGGUUCAGGCUCUGAGACGGGCCCAAGCGUAGCAUCUGACUUCGCCCUGCAGCUGCUUCCCAGCCGUCUGGAGGAGCAACACGGCUACCGUCUCUUCAUCGCGGGCCGAGACGACAGCCCAGGAGAAGCAAGACACGACACCAUGGCGGCCGCCAUACAGAGAUGCCGGCGCUUGAUCAUCGUAGUGGAGUCGGAGACGGACGAUGAGGAGGAGGAGGAGAAGAAGGAAGAGAAGAAGGAGGCAUGCGAGUGGCGGCCCUUAAGCCAUGACGACCGACAGCUGAGCUACGAACAGAAGCUGGGCCUGCAUGAUGCGUUGACGCAUAACACGCCUGCAGUCAUCCUUCUGGAAAUAGAUGGUCCGCCUGAUUACCGUCACCUGCCGCAGUCUCUGGGCUUCAUCAAGAGGAGGCAGGGGGCGCUCACGUGGAGGAAACACAAGCGCAACAGAGUCUUCUGGAAGAAGCUCAGAUUCCUCAUGCCCGCCGUGCCAGCCGCGAGACAAUCCAGACUGCGUCCAGACCACAUUUUGUGAACGCGCACAUUGACAAUAGCUGUGUUGGGCAUCACUCCCCAUCAAAUUCACGACAUAGCGGCCUUGAGUCAAGGCCGUUGAAGUGGGGGUCAAAGUUGAACAGCUGUGUCAGAGCCCCCAUUGUCCCUGACGUCAUGAGUGUUGAAAUUAUUUAUCAAAUUAAAGUUCCGUAAGGUUG